AUGGCCACCAAACAAGGCCUUUCAGGUCAAAUAAGUCAAGUCAGCGAAGAUGCCAAACGAGCAGUCCUACAAAAGACGAGCCUUACCAACAGUCUAUGGUUCAGCAAUCUCAACACAACAUGCACCAUCAAAUCAGCUCCCCCCAGGACACCAGAUGUGCUGGGUCUACUGUCCGUUAAGAGUGGAUGGCUAUUGAAACGUAAUGAACAACAUGUUUGGCAACCAAGAUACUGUUGCGUAGUCCCUCAUACAUUCCUGUACUAUUUCGAUGCCCAUCCUUCGUCCACGAGCGACUUACCGCCAAAUCUAUCACCAAAGCAACAAGAACACUUGAAUAAGGCUGUUCGACAAGGUUAUGGAAAGCGUGGAGCCCUCAAGCAACAACAACCGAGAUCCUCGCUGUAUCAUGUCUUGGGAUCGGGAACCACUGGAAACCAGAACCAACCUGAGGAGAACCAAGACGGAACCCCAUCGAUGCUUCAGCCAGCUGGAAUUAUUGAUUUGGAGUGUUACACAACCGUCCAUCGCAAUUCUCAAAACAAUAACUUGCUGGAGUUGGCCGGGGACGAUACUGUCAAUCCAGAUUUGAGAAGCUUUUACUUUUGUGCAAACGGCCAAAAUGAAGGGGAACAAUGGACACAGGCAUUGUUGGGUCAACGCCAUUCUGCUCUUUUGGAUGAAAAAGAAGCUUACCGACAAGUUUGUGAUGGUUUUGCCCAACAAUUGCAGGAGCUUCAUUCCGAGUUGGACAAUGUCCACAAGAGAGCUGAAGGCCACCAGGAUGACAUGUAUCGGGUGCGAUCACAAAUGGAGGAGACCCGUAGAAACUGCUUGCGAUUAAUUCAAGAUUUGAUGGAUCGCAGUGAAAACUCCAUUCCAGCAAAGAAGACUUAUCGAAGUGAUCUCGAAACAAUUAAGGGGCAGGAUCUAGGAUUGCAGGCUGCUGUGCAGUUGGUGUGUGAUUAUACCAGAGUCUUGGAAGGGGAUGUCCGAGAAAAUGCCGACAGUGUUAACCAACUCGAGAGGAAAAUGGAGCAGAAACAAGAGGGGGACCAAAGUAAGGUAGAACAACUUGAGAAAGAGUUGGAACAGCUCAAGAGCGAAAUGAAGCUCCAACAAUCCAGCUACCAAACUCAAGUGGACACACUUCAGGCCAAGUACAUUCAAUCACAAAAGGAAUGCCAAGACGUUCAAAAAGAGCUCGCUUCACAAAAGAUGGAAGUUACAAUGUUCCAGUCGUCGACUAGAACGAAGGUUACAGAGUUGCAAACACACAAGAAGAUUUUGAAGAAGGAAGUUAUUGAACUCCGAAAGAAAAUUGAAGAAGCACACAGUGAAUUGGAUCUAUACAAACACAAAGAAAAUGGUGCCAAGUUGGAAGUAGAGCAAGAACGGCAAAAGGCGAAAUUGUUGGAGCGGUAUGUCGAGAAGGUUGAAUCUCAAGUAAAGGUUCAACAAAAUAUGAUGGAAAUGAUGUCGCAGGCAGGAAGUGUGUAUGCAGGAGGAAGUGUGUAUGCAGGAGGAAGUGUGGCAUUCAACCAAGAUGGAGAGUUUGCAAUGGGACCCACAUCACCACCGAGCCAGAUGGGGCGUCCCGGUACUACACCCUACAACAACUUGAUUGUCAACACUCCUUCGUCCGUGCAACAGGACGAUGACGAUUUCGAAAGCCGAGAGCAAGGCGGAUACCGAAUGCCUUAUUCCAACACCAACAAGCGAAGCCAAUCAAGAGGUCGCGCCAAGACAAAUGAUGACGAUGACAACAAAUCACACAUGUCAGAACUGACCGAAGAUCGCACCCAACGACAAUUUGAUGCCGUUUUGAUGCUACAGCAGCAGGCUGCAUUGCGCGCUAUGCAUGUUGCUUCUCCACGCAGUCAGCUCCCGUCUCAGCAUAACUUCCAAUCACCUCCACCGCCUAGCUACCAAGCUCAUCCUAAUGGUCCACCUACCGUGAUUGGAGUCUCUGAUGAUCCGGGUCCAGGAGAGGAAAAUACAGCUCCCAAGUUGGAAACAAUUGGUUCUGUACAACCACAGAAUCGCAGACCGUCAGCGGUGUCACGCAGUGAUAUACCCAAGCCCGCCAUGACAAGAGUCAACUCAGAACGCUCUGUUACAAGUACUGGCUCAAAGUUGAGUGUGGCGCAACGAGCGAGAAUGGAAGCAGAAACGAGGGGUUCCACUCCAGUUCGAGUCCGAUUAAACCAAAGCCAAACUAGUGUUGGCACUCCAACGCGUGGGAAUUCAGUCCGAAAAGAAUCGCCUCAACGACCUCCAUCCUCGAACCAGUCAGCAACUGGGAGUUUCUUGUCUAAGCUUGGAAGACGGUUAGAAGACGGGCUGGACAAUGUCAUGUUUGGGGAUGAGGAGCCAUCCUUUCAAUCACAAUCAGAUGACGGGUCUGUCGGCUCUUAUCCUGAAGAAAAGAAAACAAGUGAUGGCGGCCAACCGAGUGUAGCAACUGCAGUCAAAUCAAACAAGGGUUUGAGUUUGGCCGAGCGACAAGCACUUCAAAGACAGCGGCAAAUGAAGUUUUUGAAGGGUCAAGGUAUAAUCAAUGACGAGAAGGAAGUUCGUGGCGGCGCAUCAGUGGCUUCUUCCCCGCAAAUCUAG